GUGGUUGAUUCUAACUGACAAUCGAUUGCUCACUUGAUCACUGUUAUUGUGAGUGCUUUUAUUCGCGUUUUAAGCGACGAAAUUGGUAUUAUAGCGCAUUUUUCUUGAACGUUUACAAAAUACAGUAAGUAAACUAUUUAUUUUAUCGUUUCUUAUGUUUCAAAGCGUCGCUUGUAGUGCAUUUUUGCUCCUUGAAUUAAUAUGAUUGCAGACCGAAUCGGGAAUGCACGUUGGCGCCACAGCCGCCACUUCUACAUUUCAACUUACUACUUUUGUGCUGAGACUAUACUCUGAAUUUAAAUGUGCUUUGAAUAUUGGCUAGUAUUGUACCGUUGCAAUGUUUCUAACUGUUUGAAAAAUGGCGUUUAUUUGUACCGUAGAAUGCGUCAUAUAAUUGUCAUAUAAUUUCCGAUGGGGAGCCCGCUAAAAUACUGGCCUUACUGAACCGCUACUUUGUUAGACAAAUCUUCGUGCUUUCCUCUAUUUUUCCUUUAUAGUUUAUGCCAUUUCGACUUUGACUGUUUUACACUAUUAAACUACUUUCGUUGGUUGAAAGUUGAAUCUUUCAAGUUGAUAUCAAGCGGCAACUGAAUGUUUUUUUUAAGCAAAUGUACAUUGUACAGUACACUAGCGCCGAUAAACCUGCAUCUAAAUCGAGUAAAGACAAUACAUUGAGUAAUGCAAAUCGUUAAAAAUUUGCACAGCAUUAAUGGUAGCUUUGCUACUGGCUGAUGGUAGCAGAAGUUGCUAAUGGAUUUACAAAGUGAGGAGGAAGGGACUAGCUUCCCAUUUUGCAUUUUGUCCCAAUGGCAUUGUUUUCAUUUUGUCUGUUUUAGCAUGGCAGUUGGGUUUAGCACUAUUUUCCAUCCAGCAAACCGCCCUGUCGAUUUUCUAAAGCCGUUUCUUUUUGGAUUUUUUCAUUAAUUCGGUUAGGGUUAGAAUUAGGGGUGCGGCUAGGGUUAGGGGUUAGAGUAGGGGUAGGGUUUGGGGUAGUUACAUAGCCAUUUAACACCUCUUCCAUCUUCCGAAAAUGAUGGCAGGUCAGUUUGCUGGAUGGAAAAUAGUGCUAACCGGCAGGUGCACGAUUAUAUCCCAUGUUUUGUGCAUGCAUGGAUAUGUUUCUUUUUUAUUUUGAGCCCAUGCAAUCACAAGCUUUUAAUUAAUGAACCCUUUAUACAGAAUAGUAUAUUACCACAGAGUAGAUACAUAUACAGAGUUAUAACUAGUGUACCCACUGUUUUUGUGCGUGUGUUUGACAAGUUACUAGAUGCAUGCAUCCCAUUCAUGCAAGUCUUCAACUUUGCGAUACCAGAUUUUAAAUUUGGAUACUGGAAAUCACAAGCUCAGUAUCCUGAGGGAUACUAAGCUCAGUAUCCUGAGGGGAUACUGACAAAAAUUCUGGCCACAACUGAUAUUUCUCAACAAAAGCCGUUGAAAAUAAUACAACAAGAUAAACAAAGUGAAGGCAAUCGAAUUUGACUGAGCAGGAUUAGGAAAGACGUGCUCAAAAAAGUGCCAAAGCCAAGCAAAGUAUGAAGAAACAAAGCGUUGUCAAAAAUGUAAAAUGGUUUCGAUCCGUAAGCCCGGAUCUUCAUCAGUGCUAAUAAUAUGAUGAAGAUGAAGAAGAUAAAGAAGAAGAUCUUCACUGUUUUAUCACCAUGCAAACAUACAAAGAACUUAAUGUAAAAUGACUUGAAAAAAUCCUUUCCAUGCAUGGGUAACGCUCGUGAACGAAAAGAUGUUUUGCAAAUGUGGGGUAUUAGAUUUUAUGGGUGGAUACCAGACUUUUAGUUGCUAGUAUCCCGUUGGAUAGUAUACUGUUGAAAAAUUCAAGCCCUGCAUUGGAUGACGGCUCUCUUUAACUGCUUGUGGAACUUAGCAAGCAUGCAGUUGAUCAUUUUUUGCCUGUUGCGUGAAAAAAAUGGAUACUGGUACAUAAAAACGUAAGUUUCCGCAGUGUUUAUGAUGGCCAGUUACACCUCUGUAAUUGUAUCUACUCUGUGAUAUUACUGUAUAUUUUUAACCAUGCUCCCCCAUGCAUUUAGGCUUUUCAAAAAUGAAAAUCCUGCAUAUUCUGAACCCUUCAUUUUACCAAAGUGCACCCCAAUGCAUUCAUUAUACCCAAUCAUGUCCAAGAAAUUUUCAGCAUUUGAUCCGAUCUGCUCUUGAUAUGGCAGCUAGAUUGAAACCUCUUGUACACUAUUAAACGUAAGGGACUGGUCAUUAAUAAUGGGAGGGGGUGGUGGGUGAUAAAUACCAAAUAUUGAACAUUUUUUAGAGCCGCCCCAAUCAAAAGACCUUUAUUUUCAAAAUGCCCCCAUCUUCAUCUAGAAAACUAAAUUAGGACCCGGCCCCCUCCAACAUUUAAUUUGUUACAAAGGUUCUAUUUUUAAUAAAUCAGUUACUAUAAAAUUAUACCAAAAGGUGUCCUUUGAAUGGUGAAGUCUAGCUAUUUUGCAUUGUUUUAUAUUUAUAACAUUAAUUUAAAAUUAGUUUUUAAUUAAGAAUAUAUUUUAUUAAAUUCAUCCAUACAUAAGACAGACUAAAUAUUUAAGAUGUAUUCGAGUCAAACUGUUUCAUUCUAUUAUAUAAAAUGUAACAUAAUUAUAGUAACUUUUUUAUUUGUUUUAUAAUAUGUUUUCAAUAUUAAAAAAUUGGGGUCCAGCCCCUAAUAUAUGUUACAAUUAAUAUUUUUCAGUUUGAGGCUGCCCCCAAUUCAGGCAAAAGUAGUUGAAGCCACCCCCUUUUCUCACCCAGUAACAUGCUGUAAUUUACAGUUUCUAAUUAUUAAGAUUUUAUUCUAGUUCACAAUGAGCAACAUCACAGUUACAGUUACAACUGGAGCCUCCACUAGGUGAGUGUAAAAAAAAAUCUAAUUGGAAUUCCUAUGGGAAUUUUUAUUGGAAAUAAAAAUUGGCCCAAAUUUCAAUUGGAACCAAUUGGAAUUCCAAUAGGAAUUUUAGAUUUGGAAUUCCAAUAGGAAUUUAAAUUUUCCUGUUGGAAUCCAUCAAAUUUCGGACAGAAAAACUCGUUCCAAUUGUAAUCAUGCAUGCAAAGGCGCUGCUGCAGCCCGAUUUCCGGUUCUGAAAGGCCCGAUUUCAGGCAAACAGUGCAUGCAAAACAGGCUGGUCAUUUCCCAUUGUGUAACUGCCCCGGCCCGCCACACUUAAACCCCACACUCAAGUAACCACAAAGACUCACAGACGUUGCUUUGCAACAUCUGUGAGUAAAAAAUGCAUUCCAAUUGAAUUUUUUCAUAUGGGUUUUUAUGCCGACUAUCAUAAAUUAAUUUUUUCUGCUUUAAAUUAUUUUCAGUGUUGAGUGUGAUGUGGAUCGAACAUAUUAUCCUCACCUCCUUUUGAUACCUGCUGUAAGUCUUGGUUGUUUCAUUUCUUUGAUACUUUAACCUAGACGAUAAGACGAUCGAGUAAAAUUGUUUGACUUUAAUGGACAAUAAAAUAAUGGUAUUUCAUUGUACUCAUGCAGUGUCCAACACCAAACGAUUUAAAUUUAAUGGAUCUGUCUAAUGCCAGAAAAUUUUACUCCUCAAAGGGAGUCUGAGGCUGGCACUCAAUAUGGAUUAAAAAUAUAAUGAAUUUUAAAGAAAACAUUUCUAGACUGCAAACAGUCUCAGUGACCUUUAAAGGAAUUUAGCUAGGAGCUGCGACUGCAGUCACAACACAUGCAUGAAAUUUAAAGUUCAGAACUCAAUCACUGGUGUUGCAUGUUCAUAACUGAGUCCUAUAAGCAAGCUUAAGCAAUUAGGCGGCAUUUUUGUCACCAUGCACCUAUGUCACCUGAAAAUUGGUGUACGUAAACUAAUUUUGGUGGCAUGUUUUGCAUCAUUAAGCGCUUGUGGAACUGGAAGCAAAAAGCUUUAAAAAUCUUAUGUUUUGUCAUACAGGUAUGUGUUGAAGAUUAAUUACUACAAACUCAGAUACAAAUAGGACGCACUGGGGCGCAAUACGGCUCAAUGGGUUAACUAGAGACAUUGUCAAUGGAUUAACUAUAGAGACACUGUUUUUGGUUAACCCAUUAAGCUGCAGACUGCUUCCCCACUGACGAGUAAAAUUGUCUCAAAUUUGCGGCUUAAUGGGUUAAGGCAAGCUCACUAUUUAAUUAAGGGACUCAAUCACCUAGCUGACUGAGUCGGCUGCUACUGCGAGCUUAAAUUAAUAGCUUAUUUCCUCCAUCUGAAGAAAAACCAUUUUAAUUAUUACUACAGUCUUUGCAUGUAUAUCAUUGAUAAGUAAAAUGGAAAAUCUAUUUUAGGGAAUAAUUAUUGCCAUAUUGGCAUUUUUACAACAAAGAAGAAGUUUUAAGAAAGAAGUUUGGGGAGGUCGACCUGGAAUUGUUGUGUGAGUAUUAAGGCCAUUUCUGUGUGAGUAUUAAGGCCAUUUUUCUUGCAACUUGCAAUGCAGUUCCACUCUUGAGAGAUGUUAAUUAGUGAAAUCAGUGAAGAAUUUUCGAUAUGUUGAGAAAACAUCAGCGGAGUGUAAUGAAGACUCGUAUUUGGCAAUUUUACAUCUCUCAAGAGUAGAAUUGCAUUGCAAGUUGCAGGAAAAAAUGCACUGUGUAACAUGGCC